AUGUACUACUCAUCGGCAUACUUCACAAAAAUACUGGUUCAUGUAGUGCUAUUCCGCAGGGCACUUUGCAGCGGAUGGUCUCUCGAGCCACAAUUUCACGCCCCCCAGUACCCGCUUGGCGAGAUCUCCUCCAACGUUUACUUCUCAGAGAAAUGGCAGGUCCUCGGCCCCUUCCAAUGCGGAACAAGAGAAGCCAUUUGGGGAACUGAUCCUCUGGAGUAUUGGGGCGGAUUCACAAACUUGUCAUUUGACGAGGAGGUAGGGUACAACAGCCCUCUUGCGACAGGCGGGAUCGUGAGGUGGGACUGGGUGCGGGCCAAUGUUACCAAUCCUCUCCCGGGACAAAGCAGGGCCGAGCUUGUGGUAGAUUUUCCACAAACAAAUUGGAAGUCCCUUCAAUCCGUAUAUGGAUGGUCUGCCCUGCAGUACCAGGCGUGGGUGCGUGGAUAUAUAAACUUGCCUGGUUCAAAUUACCAGGCAGUUGGGAUAUUUACGGAUGGCAUCUUGGAUUUUCUUAUCGACGGUCGACGGUACUUUGGCGGUGAUUUUUACAGCUAUCGCAGGGCACCUCUGAUAUUGGGACUCUCUCCCGGAGAGCAUGUCAUUGAACUGCGGCUCAUUCGUGAUGUUCGGGCCUUGGGUGGCCAAGGUGAUCCCACAAUAAGUGUAGUUCUCGAGGCCAAACUACGCUAUGGACUGUUAACGAUUGACGAACGAAGCCUUUUGGUACCUGAAACUACAGAUUGGCACUUUGGGAUGAACGCGCCAUUACCUCUUGCUCCAUAUCAAACUCGGCCACUGCCUUUCCGGUUCAUGGGCCGCAGUCCCUUGAGUGCCAAGCUUUUGGUCGAUAUUCGCUACAGAGUGGUUCAAGGCGGAGAGACCUGGGUUCAAUCCUUCAUCAUCAAGUUUAUCAAUAAGUCUUUCUCUGAGCCUCAGCGGUUGACAUACAUUCACCCAGCCGGCAUUGUUUCGUAUGCUAUCUUACGUCCACCACCCCUCGAUUCCCCUUGUUUGUUGAAUAAGACGACCAUCUCCCUACCUGUUGUAAUAGGCCUCCAUGGAGCCGGACUUGAGGCCAAUAGUGCGCAAAUCCGCCGGAUGCUGGACCCUGCUUACGGUAUCUGUGCGUGGAUGCUGUUCCCAAGCGGUGUUACCUCUUGGAGUGGCGACGACUGGCAUACUUGGGGUGCCGCUGACAUAAAGGCUGCCAUAAGGGCUGUUCCUGACUGGAUCGGAGCCGUUGGUUGGAGUGGUCCGGGAUUCUCGGCUGAUGAUUGGAUUGCCCUAGGUCAUUCAAACGGAGGUCAGGGUGUCUGGUUUCUUGUUACUCAUCAUCCCGAUAAUAUUAUCGCCGCUGCCCCGGUGUCGGGGUAUACAUCUAUUGAAAAUUAUGUGCCAUAUAACAUGUGGCGAGAUUCCGAGCCUUUGAUCUCCGCCGUCCUUCAUCAAUCGCGGGCUAGUUUCAAACAUGAACUUUUGGUAGCAAAUGCUGCUGGUAUCCCAAUAUUACAACAGCAUGGCUUAAACGACACAAAUGUCCCCGUGUAUCAUUCGCGCCUUAUGCAUCAGUUGCUAGAGGAGACUGGUUGGCCAUCUGGCUACGUCGAGUUACCUCAUGAAGGCCACUGGUAUGAUGGUGUUAUGGCAACCGCUCCCCUGCUGAAGUUUUAUAACGAUUCCUUACAACCGAUGCCAGAACGUACUCCAAUGGAGUACACAAUGUACAUCCCGUCUUCCGGAGACAUGGCGUCUAAAGGCGGAAUAUAUGUGGAUCAGCUACAGUCUCCUGAUAUGUUCGGCCGUUUGCGUGUCAAAAAAGAUUCGUACUCAGGGGUAUGGCACAUCCAGACACAAAAUAUCCAUCGUUUCCAUCUUACAGCCAAAAUAUGCUGGGCUGAAGAAGAUUCUCUGAUUUUGGUUGUAGAUGAUAUGGAUAUUCACUUCGAAGUCGACCAGUUCCAGUGUGAAUCCACGUGGUAUGUUAAAACCAACAAUGGGUGGAUUAGCUCGAAGAAAAAUGAUUGGCGGUCCAUAUCCCAAAGAUAUGGUCGUCAAAUGGGUGCAAUGGACGCUAUCAUGCGAACCAAUGGGAUAUUCACCAUCAACGUAUGCUCGAUGGGUGUUGAGGAAACGGCACUCCAGAUUAGCCGCAACCUUUUACAGUAUUUCGCUGCCGACUCGCACAUCAGUCGGCAAUGCAGUUUAUUGAACACAACAUUUCCGGGGAAUGUCAUAACGGUCUCGUUAGGGAACGAAUUGCCAAACUCACUGCUGCAAUCAUACCCCAUUUAUAUUGCAGAUGACCAUAUCGCUUUAUAUAGGGGGAGGUUUCCAGUUCCAGACAGCCUUCACCGAAGUAUAAAUUUCGAGACAAGAGGACGUUAUCAAAAGUAUACCCUCAACCGCGAGCCCUCAAUGGGUGCUCUAUUCCUCCGUCCCAUGGGAAACGAGAGCCUGGAGCUGGUAGUAUGGGGUGAGGAUAUGAAUGGCCUUGAGCAGGCUGCUCGCCUUGUGCCUACACUUACCGGAGCUGGUCAGCCCGAAUUUCUGAUUCUCGGUGGCAGUUGUCGCUGGAAGGGCCACGCGGGGCUUUAUGCUGCUGGCCAUUUUGACAGAUUUUGGCAAAUUUCAAUGGGGUCUUAUAUUGCCAAUGGCACAUAA